AUGGAGGGGGAGCAGCAGCAGCUGUCCCCUCAGCCUCAGCUCCAGCUCUGCGACAGCCUCAUGAUCUGGUUGCAGACAUUCAAUACUGCUGCCCCUUGUAAAAAUGUCCGGCAGUUAACAAAUGGUGUUGCCAUGGCACAAGUUCUUCAUCAGAUAGAUGUUGCUUGGUUUGAUGAUUCUUGGUUAGGCCGAAUCAAAGAAGAUGUUGGUGACAAUUGGAGAAUAAAGGCUAGCAAUCUGAAGAAAGUUCUUCAAGGAAUUACAAGGUAUUAUCAUGAGUUUUUAGGUCAACAGAUAUGUGAAGAACUAAUACCUGAUUUAAGUCAAAUAACAGAACGCUCGGACCCUACGGAACUCGGCAGGUUACUGCAGCUUAUUUUAGGCUGUGCAGUCAACUGUGAGAAGAAACAAGAGCACAUCCAGAACAUCAUGACCCUCGAAGAGUCGGUUCAGCACGUUGUGAUGACUGCUAUUCAGGAGUUGAUGAGUAAAGAGAUCGUGAGCUGCGCCCCCACCGACGCCGCCGGAGAGCUCGAGUACCAGCUUAAAAGAGCCUUGGAAGAACUCCAGGACGCACUAGCCGAGAAAGAGGAGCUGAAGCAGAGAUGCCAAGAGCUGGACAUGCAGGUGACGGCCCUUCAAGAUGAGAAGAACACGUUGGUGUCUGAGAACGAGAUGAUGAAUGAAAAACUCGACCAGUUGGACGGUUCUCUGGAAGAUCCCAACACUGUGGUGGCAAAAAAGUAUUUUCAUGCACAGUUACAAGUAGAGCAGUUACAAGAAGAAAACUUUAGGCUGGAGGCGGCCAAAGAUGACUACCGGCUUCACUGUGAGGAGCUCGAGAAGCAGCUCGUGGAGUUCCAGCACCGCAACGACGAGCUCACGAGCUUGGCCGAGGAGACGAGAGCCCUGAAGGACGAGAUCGACGUCCUCAGGACGACCUCCGAUAAAGCUAGUAAACUCGAGUCCACCGUCGAGAUUUACCGCCAAAAGCUCCAAGACCUGAAUGACCUGAGGCGGCAGGUGAAGUCGCUGCAGGACACGAACAUGAUGUACAUGCACAACACGGUCAGCCUGGAGGAGGAGCUCAAGAAGGCGAACGCGGCCCGCACCCAGUUAGAAAUGUAUAAAAGGCAGGUUCAGGAUCUUCACGUUAAGCUUUCCGACGAAUCCAAAAGAGCCGACACGUUGGCCUUUGAGAUGAAGCGCCUGGAGGAGAAGCAUGAAGCUUUGCUUAAGGAGAAAGAUAGACUGAUCGUGCAGCGCGACGCCCUAAAAGAGACCAACGAGGAGCUCCGGUGUUCCCAGGUGCAGCAGGACCACCUCAGUCAGGCAGGUGGCUCCGUCUCCACAAGUUACGAGAACCUGGCUGCCGAAAUUAUGCCGGUAGAGUAUAGAGAAGUGUUUAUUCGCCUUCAGCAUGAAAAUAAGAUGCUUCGAUUACAGCAGGAAGGAUGUGAGAAUGAGCGGAUCGCAGAGCUCCAAGAGCAGCUGGAACAGAAACAUCGGAAAACCAGCGAGAUGGAGACGGAGCAAAGGCUCAGCAAAGAGUAUAUCCGGGGUUUGCAGCAGCAGAUCGAAGACCUUCAGAAGACGCUCCAAGAACAAGGCACCAAGGCCGAAGGGGAGAGUUCCAGCAAACUAAAGCAGCAGCUGGAGGCUCAUAUGGAAAAACUUACUGAGGUCCAGGAAGAAUUACAGAAAAAACAAGAGCUUAUUGAAGAUCUUCAGCCUGAUCUGACCCCAAAUGCACAAAAGAUACAUGACCUGGAAGCUGCCCUGCAGAAGAAGGAUGAGGACAUGAAGGCAAUGGAGGAGAGAUACAAAAUUUACCUAGAGAAAGCCAGAAAUGUAAUUAGAACCCUGGACCCCAAAUUGAACCCAGCAUCCGCUGAAAUCAUGCUCCUGCGUAAGCACCUGGCAGAGAAGGACAGACGGAUCGAGAUCCUCGAGGGUGAAUGUAAGGUAGCAAAAUUCCGUGAUUAUGAAGAAAAACUCAUUGUGUCUGCCUGGUAUAAUAAGAGCCUCGCUUUCCAGAAACUGGGGAUGGAGUCCAGGCUGACCGGAGGCAACGGUUCCUGCAAUGACUCUGGCGCAUACCCUCCCGCGCGCUCCUUCCUUGCGCAGCAGCGCCACAUCACCAAUACUAGAAGGAAUCUCUCUGUUAAAGUACCUGCUACAACAUCUGAUUAAACUGCGAAAGAGACCCAGA